UCACCCGAGUCAUGAAAUCUAUUUUUGCCGGUUUGAGUUUCGCAACUUUUUUGGAGUUGGGUCUUUGUUUCUUGUUGUUUUUUUACCGAUUUCGUCAAUAAUAAUCUAUCUAGGAGAAAAUGAAGCAACUACUGUUCAUAUUUGUGAUUUGUAGCAUCUUUUGUGGCGUCUUUUGUGGUCUCUGCAAUGAGUGUUUCUACAAUGGUAACUUCACCGAGGGUGAGUCUGUCAACAUCAACGAUGCCAAGAUGGACGAGUUCAGGAGACGGAUCGCCAGACUAGGUCUCGGCUUCAAGGAUUAUCUUAAGAACCAGAAAGCGUGCCUCGAGGCUGAGAGACACAAUGACGGAGAGGUUGCUAAUCUUGGGACAGCGACUGGACGGAGUUGUGCGGUUGUGAAUUUUGAAUACGAGCGAACCCAUGCCAUAUUCCGUCGCGCAUAUUACGACAACAUCCAGGCGUGUAUAAACAACGUCAAAGAGAAGAUAUCCGAGUAUGAGAAGAACGUGGCUUGCUGUAAGGCCGGAUUGGAAUGGAAUUUGAAGGAAUGUAGGGAUGGCAGGAUUAUUCGGGAUGGUACAGUUCUGGGUGCCGCAUCAUUGAAGGUUUCCAUGGCUGCUAUCACUUUGGCUCUUUUGUUCACAUUUGUGUUUGUUGGACGUUAAGAUUUUUCCCUAUCGGACGUGGAUCCAAAAGGGGGCGUACCAUACACAUUUGGAAUACACAAGAACUUUGAAAAAAAAGCAGAGCAUGCCCCCUCUUUUUCUGGAUGCUGGAUCGGUCCUUGCUGCGGUUGUUUUAACCCUGUAUGCCCCUUAGGCCUUGGGGGCAACCACAAUCUGUUUGGGAAUAGUGUCAGAGAGGAAAUUCCCAUACGUGUUUUUUGAUUUUAUAUUUUCAUGACCGACAAAAAUCGCGAAAAUUAAACACAGCGAGAAAAAAAGUUUUGAAGAUUGGUGUGGUUUUACAUUUUGAGAACUCUGUCACGGUAAUUUCCAAAUGCAAAUUUACAAAUCGUGCACUCUUGCUGAAAAUAUUUCCUGAUUUGCAGUCGACCAAUUCUGAUGACUGAGUAGGGUUCAAUCUGUCUGGAUACUCUCGAAAGGGGUUGAAAGACCUUUAUAUGAGCUUUAAAGAUUUUUAUUAUUUAGGUAUGAAUCCCAGACUUCAUUAGUUAUAUAAGCUAUCUAGGCGGCUGCUGAAUAGAUUGACUUAAUAAGGGGAGGGCGUUUUGUAAAUUUAAGUUCCAUUUUGCGUUGAGUGUCAAGGACAUGUGUGGGCAGAUCGAAUGAAUGAUUUUAACACUUUUAUUUGCCGUACAAUGUCAUUGAGUACGUUCAGGAAUAUAAUUUAGAACUGUUUUUAAUUUCGAAUGCUGUAAAAGUCCAUUUGCUGUUGUAAAAAAAUAAGUUUCAUCUAAGCCAUUGACUUCAUACUCCAGAAUCAACUGAUAUUUUUUUGAGUAUUUGUCAUGUGAUGGUAUAGGUUCCAGUGUAAUAUCGUUGAUGAAUUGAAGUUAUGAAAGCAUUAUCCAAGAAUGGUCUGAAAGAGGUAUGCCGUUCGUCAUUACUUGUGGUCCCGGAAAAUAGAAAUGCAGUUAAUACACAAUGCCGUGGUGGAGGUAAUAUUAUGCAUACAAGUUUGUUUAAACUUGGUAUUCAUAGUAUUUGUAUAUCAGUCUACACAACGGCAAUGUUCGAAUUUAUAUUUUGUACGUAUUUCUGCAAUUGGACAUUUUCAAAUUCAAUUACAAAUUCAAAAUUUUUAAGGAAGAGCGUAGGCCUUUAAAGCGAACUGGAACCGCCGAGCGAUUUAUUCAACUUUUCGACUUUCACCGCCCGAGAAAGUCGAGUUCAGAUUUGUAGCUCCGCCCCCAGUGCCCGAGCAUGCGCAGUUCAAUUUGUUAUUAUUGAGAAUCAUGUGAGAAUCACGUGAGUCAUGCGAUCUUUCAUUCAUGAAUUUUCGUAGUAAAUUCCAUAGUAGUGACGUCACUGAAUGAUUGACAGCUAGGCGCCAUGUUUCAUUCAUGCCUCGCUCUGAUCACCCGAUACGCGGGGAAUGAAAACGAGGUCAUACGAACUGGCUUGGCGGUUUCAGUUCGCUUUAAAGUGAGGUGCAGUUGUAUUCUAAGCUCCUCAGGUAAUUACAUACAUAUCUCAUUUCAUGCUACAUGUAUUCAUAUAUAGUCUUUAUACAUACAUUGUACCUGAUGUAACGAGAACAUAUCAUUGUUAAUGUUGUAUGGUUAUUAAUCAAGGACCAAGGUAGCUUGUUGGCCGGAUGUAGGAAUGAAAGUUUUGUCAUAUUUCAGAAUACAAUCAUUAUACAGUACAAGUUAAAGUAACAUUCAAGACAAGGACUGCUGCACUAAAAUGUCAUUGAUAUGAUUAAAGAGGGUCAACUAAACAAGCAGAAACACAGCUUAAAACAAGUUGCAUUGACCUUAGCGUGUUAUGUGGUAUUGUUUAAAGGAGUCAAUAGGCAGCAGCUCUAUAGACAAGAUUGAGUUACAUCAAAUGGCCAAUAGGGGUCUCUCCCAUCUCACACUUGUACCAGGAACAUAGACAAAUCAGGCCUUUCAAUUACGUGGAGACCUCUACAUCCUGUAUUUUUUAGCCUAUUUUGGGGACAUGUUUUUUUGCUUUUUAGCUUAAUUUGGGGACAUUUCAUCGCGCCAAUUUGCCUGAACAUCGACGUCAUAAAUCAAAGUUAGUGACUGAUAUCACCACAUACACCUGAAAAAUCAUAAUUUUUAGGGUAAAACUAUAAAAUUAGGCCAUUUGGAUGAGAUUUGGUUAUGUUAGGGGUCAAAAAACGCUUCUGGGGGGUCAUAUUAUUAAAAAAAAAAAGAAAAAAAAAGAAGACCUAAUUUGGGGACAUCCUGUAUGGCCUACACCGUUAUACGGUGUAGGAAUCAUGUAAUUGAGAGGCCUGGAGUGAGAUACAGGCUCCUUGGUCUUUGCGAUCUCUUAAUUACAUACAUAUCUCAUUUCAUGCUACAUUCAAAGUACAUUAGUACAUGUCACAAUGGUUUAUUGUUAAGGUUAUAAAUAUGUUUCUAUGGUUAUCAAUGAAGGAUGAAGACAUUAGCUUGUUGGCCUGUACGUUGAAGGGCGAGUAUGGGCGGUUAUUACCGCAAGUAAAGACAAACCAAAGCAAAGACACUUGUGUAGCAUAUCAAGGACACGUAGAUUGAUACUCCUAUGUGUGCCACAUCAAAGACAUCUGGACCAUACACCACGUCAAAGAUAACGAUGCGAAGUUAAGCUUUUUUAGUGGCAUCAUGAUACUGUCGAAUGCCUUUAUACGUGUAGCUGCCGGUUGUGAUUUAUUUCUCUUUGGAAGACCAGGGAUUUUAAUUAUAUACCACGUACAAUUUUAUCAGGUGUAGGUUUAUUAUCACAAUCACAAAUGGUAUGGAUUAAGUUGAAUAUCAAAGGCAAUUUCAGAAUUAUUUUCUGUGGCAAAGUAUUCCGAAAUGGCUUAGAUAAGUUAGCAUGGGAAAAUCAAUUUUGUUGACUGUUUUGUUCCCAGUGGUCUUGGUGAUAUAAUUUUUUUACAGAACAUUCCAUUAAUUCUUUGAUUUCUGGUGACUAUUAUCCAGUUGUCUUAGUAAGUCUGUUAUAUCAUGUUGUUGCAGUUUGAAAUCGUUGGAUCACAUGUGUUUACAAAUUUCUUCAUAAACCCGUCCAAGAUGUUGUGAGUUUUACGAUGCUGGAUGUCAUGUUUGGGUUUUUUGAUACACCCUGUGAUCAUGUAUCGGAAUGUGCUUGUGGCCCAAUACUGCCUGCUGUAUGAUGUCAUCAUAUCUUUUAAUGAAUGCUGAAAUUUCAGCAAAAAGCAUUUUGUAGCUGCAUGUUAAAUGAAACCUAUAGCGAAAUGAUUAUAAAAAUGGGGAGUUUUGAACGACCCGGUUAAAACCUAAGGUGAGAAUAAACUUCCAUUGAUAAAUGUUAGCAGUUUCGAGUUCCUCUCAGGUAGUUGAUUAUGUAGCCAAUGAACAGCAUGAGAAGUAAUCACCAAUAGCAUUCCGCGAAGUUACUAUUUAUAGCUCGCACGGUCAUUUGCAUAAGAUAUUGAUGACGUUUUAGUCACGUGACAGUCGGACAUCGACACUUAUUUCUACGCAUUUGAACUUAUUUCAAAGUGAAUUAUCUUUGACCCUGCAUUGUUUUUAGCAUGAAUGAUACCAUAGAGUCAGAGAGAGAAAUAUUCAGAACAAUUAUGUAGUAUUUCCAACACUCGGACAUGUGCCAGAUUUAAUCUAACUGCCCUAGUUAGAAAGCCUGAAUCCAUUACGAAACCGCAUGUUUGUCCGACAUUGCCUGUAAUUCAGCGAUGGGGAAAUAGAGGGCAGCAGCUGCAGUGACGUCAUCUUCGCGGAAUGCUAUUUAAUUAUUUUUACCACGUUCAGCUAGUCUAAAUAAAGACUUGAGCCACGACUGGAUCUCUUUAAGUGAGCCUGAAUGUGAAGAAAGACAACUCACUACUAGUAGUUCUUAUUUACCCAUUAGUUACAGCAGGGAUAAGGCAUUUUUGAUAUACGGACAAUUUCCGUUUUUUCUCCUGCUAAAAAGGCCUUGAUUAAAAAGCAGAAAUAGAAAGGGGUCCUAGCUUUCCGUAGAACCUUAACAUUUUAAAAUCGGAAAAAAAUCAACCAUUUCAGAGAAGCAUCCCAGUAACUCAUAUUGAGAGCGAACCCUCAAUUUCCCCGGCCAUGAAUGUUUUCCAGAGGUUAUCUUGGCCCAUAGUUAGUUUGUUUAUGAGACAAGACCACAAUUGAUUUUUUAAGCCUUUUAGCAGUUAAAUUGUCAAUGUUUGACCGCGACGCAUCAAAGAAUGCGUCAAGUAGUGAAACUGAAAUUCGGAUAUGAUAUACGGGUUAGUCUUGCGAGUAACUGGUGCGAUGGAAAUUGGUGAUUGACCACGGAAAUUUUUUUAUAAUCGACAAAUUAGACAGACUUUGAUAUUUCCACUGUUUUCAGCCAACUGGCAGAAAAAACUCAAAACACGCCCCCUAUUACCCAAUUAGCAAAAUUCGAAAUUAAUUUUUUCAUCAAAUAAUUUCUUUAUAUCUGUAGACUUGCCACAGCAAAUAUUUUUUCAAUUCAAUACCUCUCCAAAUAUGUACUUGAGAGUUAAAAACAUGCACUCGUCUAAUAGAUAGGCCUCGACCCUCCAACCUAUGAAUAUUCAUCAGUGGUCUUGUCUCUUAUUUGAAUAACCGCCAUGAGAUGAUAACACAGCUCUUAAUAUGCCAUUGAUGUAUCGCUAACUUUUGUAUUUGUAAUCAGUAAUUGCACACAUUGAGUGUUUUUAUACGCAAUGAAAUCUAUUAUAAAAUUGUAAAAUCUUCUGUGAGCUCAUUUCUUGUCAGACAAUUUAUGAAUUUUCCUUCCUAACUCCCAAACUUAAAUUCACUAACUUGACGUCUUUGAAAUUGACCAAGGAGUUUGAGAAAAUAUCAAAAAUACACUGAUGGAAAAUAAGCUGAAACGCCUGGUUCUCCCCCUGGUGGAGACAGGGUUAAAUGCAUGCUCAAGACGUCUUUUCAAAAUUUUUCUAUCUGUGGUGGUCGGUUUUAUAUCAUUUUGUAAUUGGACAUGUAUAUUUUAUCACUCGCACAAUGUAGUGAGUGUAAUGGUUACGUAUGUAUACACUGUAUGUAAAGU